AUGGCGUCGGCAGCCUCGCACAUUUCUGGCUACUCAACAACGAGCUCGGCUCUCUACCAGAGCACCCUUGCCAGCACUGGCAUCCAGAGGGAGACAUUUGGGGAUCGCAUGACCCAGACCAAAAACUGGCUUUUCAAUCCCGAAGAUGGGACAGUCAUGGGAAGGACCCCCAUUGACUGGAUUUUGGUUAUCGGCGGCUUCAUCUUAUUUAUAUUCACCCUCAUGGGCAUGUCAGCAGCGUUCUGUGCCGUCUUCUACUGGGUUGUUGACUGGAACAAUCCAACAUUACAGGGAGCAGCUAGUAUUCUUCAGACACCAGGGCUAGGCUUCCGACCACAACCAGAUGUUACUACAACUCUGGUGAGAUUUGUGAAGGGUGAUGGUUCCAGCUAUGUUCACUACCUAGACCACAUUGAAGCAUACAUUCAAUAUUAUGAAAAUGAGCUCCAGGUGGGAGAUAACUACAAGGACUGCAGUGAGAUUAGGACACGGAGAACCGAAGAGCUCAACAAAGUGUGCGUGUUUGACCCCAUUGUACUUGGAGGUGACUGUGUGAAACAGCAGAACUACGGUUUUGAUGAUGGACAGCCGUGUAUUUUGCUCAAGUUAAAUAGGAUAUUUAACUGGAAACCAGAAGAGUACACGAAUGACACUGUCCCAAGUAUUAUCAGAAAUGUCUGGACAGCAGAGGACCCCUGGUGGAUAACUGUUCGUUGUGAUGGAGAUGUGAGAUCUCCGUUGAUAGUUUCUGCCAUUGGCGGUUUCAGAGCCCCUUGCAUCCCUGGUCAACUUCUCAUGAUCACGUUGCCUAGUGGCCUUUGCCCUAGUGACACACUCAUUGCGCAUGAUCAUUGA